GCGGGCUGCGCGGCGCCGCGGCCGCCCCCGGAGCGCUCUGCCCAUGGGGCAGCCAAGCCGAGCCCUCGGGACUGUCCCCCGCCGCCGGGACCUGCGCUAGGGCGAUCCCAGAGACAGCAGGAUCAUUCUGAGAUGAGCCACCUGUAACUGGGCUCCCUGCCCCGCGAGGAUGAGGAGCCGUCUGUCAGCCUAACAGAAAGAUUUUGUGGCAGUGGUUGUUUAUUUUUCCCAGACAUCGCGAAAUUUCAUGUGACAGCGAAGCUGCUUCCUGCACCCUCCUUGUGCCACCUCACAGCCAAGGGCUCGGUGGGGCAGGGCCACCACAAUGGCAGCGAAGCAGCCCCCGCCGCUGAUGAAGAAGCACAGCCAGACCGACCUGGUGAGCAGGCUGAAGACACGCAAGAUCCUGGGCGUCGGCGGGGAGGAUGAUGACGGCGAGGUCCAUCGCUCAAAGAUUAGCCAAGUACUGGGAAAUGAAAUCAAGUUUGCAGUCCGGGAACCACUGGGACUCAGGGUCUGGCAGCUUGUUUCCGCCAUCAUGUUUUCUGGGGUCGCUGUCAUGGCCCUUGCUUUCCCUGACCAGCUCUUUGAUGCCAUCUUUGAGGAGGAAUCGGUGAGCAGCAAGACUCCCAUCCGGCUCUAUGGAGGAGCCCUCCUCAGCAUCGCGCUCAUCAUGUGGAACGCCCUGUACACCGCCGAGAAGGCCAUCAUCCGCUGGAGCCUGCUGGCCGAGGCCUGCUACUUCGCCGUGCAGUUCCUGGUUACCACUGUCUCCCUGGCUGAGAGUAGCCGGAUAGCCACAGGUGCCGUGCUUCUCCUGGUCAGCCGAGCCCUCUUCAUCCUCAUCAGCAUUUAUUAUUAUUACCAAGUUGGACGUCGUCCCAAGAAAGUCUAAUUCCUGGGUUUUUUUGUUAUGGGAAAGGUGGGAGGGGGGAGUUUGUGUCGGUAAUUUUGCAUUAUAAUUAUAAUUUUUUUAAAUUUUUUUUUUUGUUAA